UCGGGCUAGGCGGCCUGCCCAAGGGCGCAGCUUCCCGCCCGGCGCCCCGCAGCUCCCGCACGCAGCCGCCGGCGGCCGGGCUCCGAGCCGCGCCGCGGGGGGCAAGCCAUGGCCUCGCGGGCGACCGCCCUGCUCCUGCCGCUGGCCCUGCUGCUCCACCCCGCCGCGACCCGCGCGCAGAGCCAGUUUCGGAUGUCGCCGCCCGAGGUGCGCAAGCCUCUAGACGCGAAGGUGGAGCUGCGCUGCGAGGUGCUGCUGAGGAACCCGGCGUCGGGCUGCACGUGGCUCUACCAGGACCCGGGAGCCAAGGCCAGCCCGGUCUUCCUGAUGUACCUCUCCAAAAGCCGGACCACGACGGCCGACGGGCUGGACAGCAGCCUGAUCUCCGGCAAGAGGAUCGGGAACACCCUCUUCAGCCUCACCCUGCACCGCUUCCGCGAGAAGGACCAAGGCUACUAUUUCUGCUUGGUCUUGAGCAACUCGAUACUGUACUUCAGCCCCUUCGUGCCGGUCCUCCUGCCAGCGAAACCCACCACGGCGCCGGCGCCACGAUCACCCACGCCCGCGGCCACCAACGCGUCGCAGUCCGUGUCCCUGCGUCCUGAGAGGUGCCGGCCCGGGGCGGGCAGCGCAGUGGCCGAGAAGGGGCUGGACUUCGCCUGUGACAUCUACAUCUGGGCGCCCCUGGCUGGGACCUGCGCGGUCCUUCUCCUGUCAUUGGUCAUCACCGUCACCUGCAACCACAAGAACCGAAGACGUGUUUGCAAAUGUCCCAGGCCCCUGGUCAGACCAGAAGGCAAGCCCAACCCCUCAGAAAGAUACAUCUAACUUGCUGACGGGCCCUGUGCAACAGCCACUACAAGACUUCAAACUGGGAACUCUCCUUACAAGGAGAGCAACAGACUUCCCCUUUCAGUUUUGCCAGAACAUUCUAUAUUCAUUCUCAUUAUUAUCAUUUUCGUAGGGGUGGGGUGGGAAGGGUUGCUUUAUGUGUUGACUUUAAUUGACAUCAAAAAAGCCUAUAUAAUGCACCGCAAGGCUUGCAAUACUGUUGUUCACACAUAUUGGGGUCAAGGAGUGGAAAGAUCAGAGCUACCACGAGCUAUGUUCUCAGAAGCAGGCUACUAGAGCUGCCAGGGCCUCAGCACCCACUCCAUCCAAACCUCUUUUCCACCAGUUUUGCAAAAGAAGAACAGUCCUGAUGGGGAGUAGCUCUGUCAGAGUCACCGCCAGGCUCUGGGCUCUUCCUGCACACCAUUCAGGCCUUUCUUCAGGAGGCCUCUCUCUUGGCAGGAGUGUUGUCUCAAACCACAAGGGAACAAGUUAUUUCUUGGGUACCUGUGGUAGACCCAUUACUGAGCCAGAGCCCUGAAGACAGAACCACUGCUCACAGAGUUCUAUAAUGUUGAAAGGUAUCAGACUUUUCUGUAGUCAGGCAUGAAACUGUAUAGACAGUAGGGAUUCUUCAAAGUGGAAAGGGUAAACCAAAUUCUGGAAAAUGAGUAACUCCAUCCCGGAAGAAAAUGACUGAGAAACCCCAGAGUGGGGACAGAAUUGCUCUCCCAGCCCUUGCUUUGCAGAAGGAUUCAUGAAAGAGAGGCCACCCCCUUACAAACAUGGUCUGAGCAUCAGUGGAGCUGAACUUGAGAUACCGUAUUUCAACAUGUUCAUGGGAUCACUGGCGACUCUCUACAGUUUGUGAAGACAGAACUGUCGUCGAGUAGCCAGUACAGUCCCCAGGUUCCCCUCAACCAGUAGAGGUGGGGGUGUGGCAGAAGAGACUCUGAUGAGAAAGAAGCCUAAGACUCAAAACUGCUGCUCUGCACACGCAUUUCCUCUCUUAAGGUGUUACACAAGAAAUCUGUGCUCGUCGGAAGAAAAAACUUAGGUAAGGAAGUAAGAAUCAUCUAUAGUCCUUUACCUCGGGUAUAAUCCAUUGUUAAUAUGGUAUAUGUCCUUCCUGAUCAUUUUCUAUGCAUAUAUAUAAAAUACAUACUUUGAUUUUUAAAAAAUGGGAUCGCAUAUACUUUAAUAAGUGGCCAUAUUGAACAAACAUUCAUGGCUUACUUUUUAAUGACAAAACAGCAUUCCAUUUUGGGUUGCGCCUUCAUUUAUUUAGUUAAAGCCUUGGUUUCCAGUUAGGUGUAACACCGAUAAAACUUAGCACACAUCUGUGUUUCUUUAGAUUAAGUACCUAAAGUAAAAUACUGGUUGGUCCCCAUUUUCACCUUGGAUCCUCCGUUUUCCUAUCAGUCAAAACAGACCAGCCUCUUCUUGUGUCACCUUCCUUUGUUCUUUCUCAGUAACAGAUGAGUGGAUGCUCCUCUCCUAAUAAAUCACAAAAUCUUCAUUCUUGUUGUCAAGAGUAACACACGCACACACACACACACAAUACACAGAUCACAAGUGUGCUGCUCCAAGACACCAUUAAGUGAACCCACAGCACCAGGUUAAAAUAGAACUUUCCCUGCCCUCCAGAAACUGCCUUCAGCAACUUGAAUUUUUAAAAUUAAGAUACUUUAGAGAACAGAAAGCAAGAAAGAAAAAGUGUGAGAAAACAGAAGUGAAAGCUGAGGAAUGUCUUCAGAGACAAAGUCUGGCUCUUGACCCCUCCUCCCUGAACUUAGCCAGCUGACCAGAACUGGGGACCCCCCAGCGCUGAGGCCCAGCUCAGAGCAGGCACCAGGCUCUGAGGCCUCCUGUGGAGGCAGGGCUGGGCUCCAGGCUGGCUCUGAGCUCUCUGGGAGGCUGAGGAGGAACAUCCUGCAGUAGGCUCCCCCUCCUCAUGGGAGAAACUUGUGAGAUGGCUGUGGAGAACCAGUGUCAAAGAAUCUGGGCCAGGGGGAAGACAAGAAGAGGGCAUUCACAUCACAUGGGGCAUUUCUUCUUGACCAGGUGGUAGGCAGCUGCGGAGUCACACUGGGGAGGCUCUGGAGAGGUUCAAUACUGACUGAUUUUUUUCAUACCUUCUAAAGAAGGCUUUUAUUUACCACAAUUAAAAUGGUGAACAUACCAAAAUACCAACAUAGGAAAAGGCAUCCAUGAGAGUGGGCCCUGGGGACCAGGGAGAAAAUAGAAAACCAAUCUGUAGGCCUGAGGCCUGGAGCGUGCAGACCUAAUACAUACAAAAGGUAGGCUAAAAGAAUUUAGGCUCAGGGCUUGCUUGGUGACCACAGACAUCCAACCCUCUUGUUCUACCAAUGGGAAAGGGGCACCCAACUGUUACUAUUUCACUUGCCAAUCUCUUUGGUUCUACAUAUUUUCCUAUAUGGAAGAUGCCCACAAUAUAUUUUUUGGGCCCUGAAAAAUAGUAAGUAGAGAGAUGCUUUAAUAUUAUGCAGUAAACUUGGUAUCAAUAG